CAUCUGGCUCGCUUCGAGUUCAGCGAUCAUGGCACCAAGAUCUUGAUGGUCGAGUGGUAUCCUGGUGCCCCCACCCUGGCCGGACAAGAUACGACGACGACUCCUAGCGUCGACGUCGUCUCCAGCGAUAAGGCCCAUGACAGCACCGUCGUCGACGCCGCCGCCUGGGAGGUCUCUUGGGCCGGCAAGUCGACGUUUCUCCCUGCCAGGGACACCGACGACGAAGACGACGCCAGGCGCCGCGUCUACUUCAUGCUGCCCCCCGAUGCCCCCGUGCCAGCGACCGUGACGAUUGCCUGCCCCGGCCGCCCCAGCCUGGUGCUCAAGCCGCUGCCCGCCAUCUUCCCCGAGCACUUCCACGCCGAGUCCGGGCCCCGGGGCGUCCUGCACACGAUAUGGGCCAAGAAGCGCCUGCGGGAGCUCGAGCUCGAGAUGGAGGCCGAGAUGAGGGUCAACCCCGAGAGCGUCGGCCUCGAGAUGGCGCUGGCGGAGAAGCAGUGGAUCGUGGACAACUUCCUGCGCGCGCCUCCCUCGCCUCCUCCCGCGAGCAAUGCCACCGCCAUGGCUCCCCGCUCUCCCGUCUCUGGACGCCUUGGCGAUAAGCUCAAGGGCUUGCGCCUGGCCACGUCGCCGGCAGAUCUGGUGCCGAGCCCAGCAGGUAAGCAUCUGAUACAUACCUGUCUCAUCCACCACCACAUGACUACAUAUGCCAUCCCCUCGCUUCGCUCGUUCAUUGCCCCGAAACCAGCAAACACCUUCACCAGCCCCGAUAGUCAGUCCCACAUGCUGUCCCCCCUUGGGGGUGACAUUGCCGUGUCGUCCUUCUCGGCCAUUUCGCGCACCCGCCCAACCGGCCCGAUGUCCCUUGAUGCUGCCCUCAAAGGCGACGCAGUGCCCUCGCAGCCUGACGCGCAGGAUGCCGAGGAUGACCUAUUUGCCCUGCCCAUGAGCCCUAGAAGCCCGGACAUGAUUAAGAGUCCCUUUAGCGCCCUG